CGUUACGAGCAGCAUUGCGGAACCUCCAACCCAGUUCGACGUGCGGGGUUUUUCGCUGAUAUCUCGUAGAAGUACGGUACAAGAGUUGUUUGCUUCGGAGAGAGAAAGAAGAGCACGUGGAUUUUCCCCCGGCGCUUGGGAGAUUCUGGAAGACAGCCCAUACCAAUAAGCAUCCACCGAAGAGAUAUAGAUUCGCUGCUAGUACCUCUUCCGAACCAUCCCGAUCGACUGCACGCAAGCAAGCAAGCAACAACAAAGGCCGAGCAGGGAAGCCCCCAGUUGGAGCCAAGAAUCGCUGCCGCAUCCAAAGGGACUUUGAGCGAUUCCAAACAGGCGUCGGCGGAAAACAAGGGGAAACCCCGGGCUCUCGGAAGCGAACAAAUCAUGUCCGACACACCAUCGACGGCUUCGUCGACGGAUCCGUCGUCGGAUCCAAUAGUGGCGGAUUAUACCCCGCUGCACGAGACGAGCGCCCCUGCCACUAGCAGUGGGAACGGCAUUGGAAACAGCCACAACGCCAACGCCAACGCCAACGCCAACAGCAACAGCAACAGCAACAGCAACAGCAACAGCAACAGCAACAACAGCAACAGCAACAGCAACAGCAACAGCAACAGCAACAGCAACAGCAACAGCAACAGCAACAGCAACAACAAUAAACAGCUUCCGUCGCCAUCGACGUCGCCGCGGUCCCUGAGGAAAUCCUAUUCGUAUUUGAACCAGAGCAAGAAACUGAUCGUCUUUGUCGCCUCUUCCAAGUACCAGUGGCCGAUAGCCGUCUUGCUGCUGGCCCCGCUGGCGGCCCUCCUGGUGUCGAUAAUACUCUUUGACGUGCAGCGGCAGGAAGAAUUCCGGAAUUCCUCUCGGCUGUGGAUCUUGAGCUGGCUCUUCAUCCUGGUCGUCAUUGUCUACAUGGCCGUCCUGCCCCGGCAGGUCGACGUCCGGUCGAACGGGACGGUCGCCAUCAAGACGUGCCUCCUGACCUUUCACAUCGACGGGAUUGCCCGGGCCCGUUUCGGCCCCGGGGCCCAUGGCUGCGGGGGCCUCCUGCGGCCCGCCAUUCGGUUCGGGACGAGCCUCGACCCGGGGGCCUGCGUGGUCCUCCUGCGGCACGGCGACAAGUGGGACGUGGUGGUCACCCCCACCGAUCCCCAGGGCUUUGGCAGGGCGGUGGAGGAGAUGCUCCGGACCAAGGAGGAGGCGGGCCGCGACGAGGCCCUGGUUUCCCUGGAGGGGGGGGCGCGGCCGGCGCCGUGAACCGGCACGGUGUUCUUCUCGGCUCCAAGGACGGGCUCCCGGGGUCCCCGCGGCUCGUUUCGGUGCGAACCGUCCCGGGGUUUUGCACCGUGUUCUACUACGAUUGUUGCAAAACCACAGUAUUGCCGUUUAAUACUAAAGAAAACCACGGUUUCAUUCUUUUUGGAAAAAAAAACACUACUUAUUG